GUGCAGUGAAGUUAGCCCAAUCCAGCGAAGCGACUGAAUUUGUCGCGGUAGAAUUUGUUCAAAAAUAAGGAGUUUUCACCACUUUUCUUCAAUACAAAAAUUCCCCAAAAAUGCUUCGCCAAACAGCUUUCCGCUCUAUGAAGCUGAACAGAACACUUGGUCGAUACUUUACAACUGCUGAAAACAUGGAUACCGGUAGUUCUCAGUCUCCGCCAGACACCGAACAGAAAACGCAACCGAUGGACGAAUUUACCAAAGAGUUUCUCAAAAACCAAAUCAAACUAACCGAACUGCAGAGGGUAAUACUCAGCGCUGGCAGUUCUAUUGCAGCCCUGGUUGAUCCUCGUAGACAUGACAUGAUUGCUUGUCUAGGGGAAACGACGGGCGUUCCGGCACUGGAGAAUAUUCGCAACCAGAUGCGCAACUCCGAUGAGGGACGGCAAAUAUUGGAAGAUAAGCCACGCAUCAAUACCCGCACCGUAAAUAUGGACGCACUGAAGAAGCUGCCGGGGAAUACGUUCGGAUAUCAAUACGUUAGCUUUAUGGAAAAAUAUGAAAUAACGCCUGAUUCGAGGAUGGAGGUCAAGUUCAUGGAUGAUCCCGAGCUGGCCUAUGUCAUGACACGAUACCGUGAAACACAUGAUUUGGUUCACACCGUCUUCGGGAUGCCAACCAACAUGCUAGGCGAAGUGGCCAUCAAAUGGGUCGAAGCCAUCAAUAUCGGUUUACCCAUGUGCUACGGAGGUGCAAUUUUUGGAGCCUUCCGAUUGAGACCAAAGCAACGUCAGAAUUAUCUACAGCGGUAUCUACCAUGGGCCUUGAGAGCGGGACAACGCGCCAAGCCACUCAUGUGCGUCUAUUGGGAGAAACGUUGGGAGCAAGAUAUCGAAGAACUGCGGAAAGAGCUAAACAUUGAAGUACUUAAAGUUGAUUAAAGUGCUUUCGUUGUAAUAAAUAGUAUUUGAUCUGUGGUUUGAAUUAUA